AUCUCGUCGGCUCGCGGUUGGUUCGUUCAGUCUUUGACUUGUUAGCACUCGAGCUGCACUAGAGUCGCUGCGGCAGCUGUGAGCCAGCUUCCGCCGACAGUGCCGAAACGCCGACCAAACAGCUGCCGACCAAGCCGGUGAUGUCGAAAAAUAGAUGGUGAGCUGCUGAGGAUGCCUGGCGGCACGCACAGCUCGCCCGCAGGGGCAGGCCCCUCGUCGGCUACGGCGGUGGCGGCGGCAGGGUCCGGUGGCGCCGAACUCGGCGCCUCUUUUGGCUCCGGGGUGGGCGGCAUCAUGGCUCGCGAGUCGUCCUACCACUACGAGGAGAUCCACCAGAUCGGCACAGGAGCGUACGGCACAGUGUGGAAAGCGCGAGACCUGCACAACCCUGGCAAGUUUGUGGCUUUAAAAAAGGUGCGAGUGCCUCUGACCGAAGAUGGCGUCCCCAUGUCCACACUGAGAGAGAUCGGGCUGCUGAGACAGAUUGACCAUCAUCGCCAUCCCAACAUCGUCAGUCUGCUGGACAUUUGCCACGGCCCGCGGCAGGAGAAGGAGCACCAGCUGACUCUGUUUCUGGUGUUCGAGCACGUGGACCAGGACCUGUCGGCCUACCUGGAGAAGCAGACCCUGACGCCGGUGCAGGUGCGCGACAUCAUGUUCCAAGUGCUGUGCGGCGUCGACUUCCUGCACAGCCACCGCAUCGUGCACCGCGACCUCAAGCCCCAGAACAUCCUGGUCACCAGAGAGGGACACAUCAAACUGGCCGACUUCGGCCUCGCCAAAACCUACGACUUCGACAUGUGCCUCACGUCAGUGGUGGUGACCCUGUGGUACCGCGCCCCUGAGGUGUUGCUAGCCCUGCCCUACGCCACCCCCGUCGACAUCUGGGCGUGCGGAUGCAUCAUGGCCGAGCUCUUCAGGCGCUCGCCCCUCUUUUCAGGCAGCUCUGAAGCCAACCAGCUUGAAAGAAUUUUCCAUGUGAUCGGCACGCCGAGGGAGGAGGAAUGGCCCCAAUGCGUGAGCAUCGCGCACAGUUCGUUCCGCGACAAGCCGGGCAUCGACUUGGCCAACCUCGUGCCGCACAUAUGCAAUGACGCCGACGCCAAGCACCUGCUCCAGCAAAUGCUGGUGUUCAAUCCGCAGCGGAGGGUGUGCGCGGCAGACGCGCUGGAGCACCCGUAUUUCGCGUCGCAUUGCCUCAAACCGCCCGAGAUGCAGUCGGCCGCUGGCGUGGCCGGUGGGCCGCUGUCGCCCGGCUCAGCUGCCCUUUUCAUGCCCUCCUUGGACGACGCGGCCAACGCCACCACCUCUGAGCCCGACCUCUGACCUGCCUCAGGUCCUCGAGACUGCCCGGGAGCCCCUCUGAGCGGAGCAGGGGCCCCACCAAUAGAUUAAUGUACAUAUCCCUGCCAAAAUUGUGCUAGACAAAAGAGAGAAAGAGAAAGAACAAAAGAAUAGUAAAAAAAAACAAAUUAAAUCUGUCAGUUAGUGGUUAAAGUUUUCUUUUUGUAGACUAGUACUAAGCAUGGAAUUUUGGCACCAGGGUGGUUGCAGCUGAUAUAAGUUUUCCGCGCCCCCGACAGCCCGGCACUCGCUGUUACACAAUGUUGCUUUAGACCAGCGUGUUCAAGCAGCCAUUCUGCUUUUAUUCUUAUUGAUACCGUGGAAUGGCUGGAUGAGGAAGUUAUUGAGAGGGACUGUCCGGAUGGCGGGCAGUUGCGACUGAAAUAUAAGGAACCUGAAAUAAAGUCGAUCACUUUGAAUUAAGCGAGUAAACGAAGUUGAUCAGAGUUCCGCCAGGUCUUUUAGAAUGCAGCGAGUGCAGAAGUUGGGCCGGAAAUUUGACUGCAAGCGUAGCCUUUAUUGUAUAAAUUUAUUUUCCUUCCUUUCCGCUGUUAUAACUUUGGAGACGACUGCCCUGGCGCGCCGACUACUCUUUUCUCUCGUUUUGUAAUUGACGUGAUCUAGUCCACCCUGACGAAAUGCGUUUGGAAAUGGUUGAGCCAUCCAUCCAAUGUCGACCAGCAGCGAUUUCCGAGCGCGCCACUCGGGGCCACCAAUCACUUACACACUAAACUUCAGAACUUGGGCGCUGGUUAUUUUGUGUACAUAAAAAAGUAAGACCGCGUGAUUGUUGAUUUUAUUUUUUUCCUCAAGCACUCGUCUUUACGAGAAGAGUGAUUUUUACCGCGCGUUUUGUAAUGGGUUAGCAAAUGUGUUCAAAAAGCAGCCGAACUUUCACAAUAUUCACUUACGGACAGACAGCCACUGCCAUACCUCCACACCUCCUUUUUGUGAUACAGCAAUCGCCGCCAACCAGUGUUAAUCAAUUGAUCCAACCGAAGUAAGCCUCGCAGUCCCAUCCGUUUUGCUCAAAUUCUUGAAGUACGCACAACAAAACGAUAGUUCAAAAGUUGUUUCAACAAAUCAACGCCAGGGACGAGCCAGGGGCUUGCUCUAAAACGGACUCCUUUUCCAAAUGUUCAACCACACAGUGAGAUGCCUAGCAGGACCGAUGAUUAUUUUUGUAACUCCCAUCAAAGCUGUGUAAAUACUUCCACAAUUUUUAAUAUUAAAAUGACAAUCAUUUAAAAAGUAAA